AACUCCACCCCCAAAAAAAACUGCAGCUCCUGCCCACUAUUCAUCUCACAUGCAUGAUACUCACACCGCUGCUCCGCCUCACACCGCUGCUCCGCCUCACACCGAUGCUCUGCCUCACACCGCUGCUCCGCCUCACACCGAUGCUCCGCCUCACACCGCUGCUCCUCCUCACAGUGUUGUUCCUCCUCUCCCAAGCAGAGAUAAGAACCUGCAAAUGGAAAAUGAAAUAAGGAGCAAAAGGCUCACUAAUUCAGAAAGACAAAGAAUUGUAGAAGCAAUCUUACCGUACACAAAAACAAAAUCAGGUCAGUACACAGCUCAGAAAGGAGCUAUCAGUAAGGUUGCUGCUCAAUUUAAUGUUUCAAGAAGAUCUGUAGGGGAGAUAUGGAGUAGAGCUAGAAAACAAAUGCAGGGGGGUGUUGCCAUUGAUGUGAAUAGUCAGGUUCGAUUGAAGUGUGGAAGGAAAAGGAAGGUGAUAGACAUAGAGUCCAUCCCGAACAUUCCUCUAGCCAAAAGAACAAGCAUUAGGGCCAUGGCUGCUGCCUUAGAAAAAGGGGAAGUGUUGUGGGAUGGAAAAAUUGGAAUAUUUCCAUUUGUUGAAACUGUGGCAGCUAAAAGAAAGAGUAAGAACAGAGAUGCAGGUGUUUUAGAGGUGAAACAACUUCAUAGUGUUACCAAAGAAGUGACUAAACAGAUGUUGGUCACCCAAGUCAUCCCUGCAAUUCAACAGAAAUGGCCACCCAUUUUAGGCAAAAACAUUGUGCUCCAGCAAGAUAAUGCCAGACCUCACAUAUCUGCCACAGAUCCAGAUUUUAUGGAAGCAUCAACUACAAAUGGAUUCAACAUAACCUUAAGUAACCAACCCCCCAACUCUCCAGACCUCAACAUCCUAGAUUUGGGGUUUUUUAGAGCCAUUCAAUCACUGAAAGAUCAGUGUACUCCUAAGAAUGUGACAGAGCUACUAGAAGCAGUAAGGGGUGCUUAUGAAUGCCUAACACCAGAGACUUUAAACAAAGUAUGGUUAAGCUACCAAAAUGUGAUGCAAGAAGUCAUGAAUGAUGAAGGAGGGAACAAAUACAAGCUCCCACAUAUGGCAAAGGACAGGCUGACUAGACAAGGAGCACUACCAGUGUGUUUGGAUGUACCCUACACAUUGAUAGAGAAGGCUGUAAGGGUGCUUGGUCAGGCCAGUGGACAGAGUGAAGAGCCAGUGGUACAUGAGUUCAUAACUGAAGAUGAAGAGAACUUCUCAUCUUCAGAGAUGAACUAAGUGUUUAUCAUAACACAGAAUCUCUUCAUAUUUUGGGAAUGAUUGGGUACAUUUAUCUUUUGCUUUUUGAAUUUUGUAAUUGUAGGUUGUAAAUACUGAAGAGUAGGAAAGUAAGACCUUGACCUUUUUGUUUUCACAUCAAGGCAACCACUCAAUAUGUACCCCAGUCAGUUUUCUUUGACUACCACUCACUCUAUGUACCCUAACAAAAAUCUUGAACAUGCAAUGUAAUUUCCACAAUCAUCAUAGCUGUGUAUGUACUUCUAAUCAUGCAUAGGCUAAAAAAAAUAAAGAAAAACUUCACUUUGUA